AUGAAAAUAUUGUUUCUUUUCACAUUAUUAGAUAUAUUUGGCUUAAUAUCAUCACCAGCUUGGGAUGCUAAUGCAAAAUUUAGCUAAAAUGAUUUAUACAUUUUAAGAGAAAAAUCAAUAUUAAGAGGGCAUUACAAAGAUGUAGCAUCAGAAUCUAAUGGAGCCCUCUUAUCAUCGGCUAGAAGAAAUAGUUUUUACAGACCUAAUAUAGAUAAUAGUCCCCUUAGAAAUUCACUUUAUUUUUCUGACAUCGAUGCAACAGCGCAUACUUUUAUUGGGUUACAUGAAUCAAUAAUUAUCGAAUUUUUAUAAGUCUAUGAAAUUAAUACCAUUAGAUUUUGGAUGUUGGAUCAUGACAUAAGAAGAGUAGCAAAUAUGCAAAUUUUUGUAAUUGGAGUGAACAGAACGACCGAAUCUCUGAUAUAUGAAGGUGAUGUUUAACCAGCUGUACACAGUCUAAAAUUUCCUGAUUAAUUAGUUUCAAAAGUAAAAUUUUACAAUAAAGAUGGUAAUGUCAUAGAUAUUUACAUGUCAAUAAUAAAAAUUUAAGCCUAUUAUUCAUUUUGA